CUCUUUGAAGCAGGGGAACAAUUCGACGUUUUUUAUUGGAGUAAAGGGAAAAUAGAAAGGAUUACAUUUUUCAUUGUUUGAGAUCGUACAACUCUUUCAUGUGACCAUGGAAAACAUUGAGCUUAGUUGAGGAAUACACCUGAACAGCCGACAAGAUGGACCCAAAAAAAUCAAUAGAAGAUCAAUUCUCCAAGCUGCAUCCAUGCCUGCCUGUGAACACAAGAAUUGCCAUAGUAGGUGGUGGCCCAAGUGGUUUGUCAUCUGCCUAUGCUCUAGCAAAGCUUGGUUACAGUAAUGUGACUGUAAUAGAGAAGUAUCAUAAUGUUGGUGGCAUGUGCGAAUCUGUAGAAAUUGGAGGGAAGAUAUAUGAUUUGGGUGGUCAAGUUCUUGCUGCAAAUAGCGCUCCUGUCAUCUUUCACUUGGCAAAAGAGACUGGCUCUAAACUAGAAGAAAUGGACACUCACAAGCUUGCCCUCAUUGAUGGUUCGUCAGGGGAGUAUCAAGAUAUAAAAGUUGCAGAUGAUUAUGUAUCUAUGAUCUCACUAACCUUGGAACUUCAGGAUAAGGCAAAGAAUUCUGGUCAAAUUGGAAUCCAUGCUGUAGCUGAAUUUGCUUCAGACUUAACUCCUCAAUAUCUUGAUAGUUGUGGAAUUAAAUCUGUUCCUAAAUCUGUGGCUUAUGGAUACACGGCUUCUGGGUAUGGUUUUGUCCAAGACAUGCCAUAUGCCUACGUUCACGAGUUCACUCGUACAUCCAUGGCUGGGAAAAUUCGCCGUUUCAAGGGUGGAUAUACAAGUCUUUGGAAGAAGGUCAGUGAAUCAAUUCCAAUAAAAGUUCACUGCAAUACUGAAGUAUUGGCAAUCACACGUGAUUCUGAUGGAGUCAGAGUUGGUAUGAAAGAUUGUAAUGGAGAAGUUAAAACUAUGGAUUUUGAUAAGAUCAUCAUCUCUGGUUCCCUUCCUUUCGGAAGUGGAAGAACUUAUAGAUCACUAACUUCAAACAUUACAGAACAUGAAGCAGAAGUACUGGAUAUGGGUGAUCUCGAAAAGGAGUUGUUCUGUAAAGUACAGACAAUUGAUUACUACACCACUGUUUUGAAGAUUAAAGGGCUAGACCACAUGCCAGUUGGUUUCUAUUACUUUGGUGAAUAUAUGGAAGAUCCAGCAAAGAUUGGAUAUCCUGUUGCAAUGCAGAAAUUUUAUGCUGAUACUGAUAUUUUCUUGUUCUGGUCUUAUGGAAAUUCUGCUGAAAUUAGGGGCCCAAAUGUUACUGAGCUUGCAAUUAACACGGUUAAAAAUAUGAGGGGAGAAGUGGAGGAAGUUGUUCUACAAAGAAGAUUUAAGUAUUUUCCUCAUGUUGGCAGCCAAGAUAUGAAGGAUGGAUUCUAUGAGAAAUUCGAAUCUGAACUUCAAGGUUUGAGGAAUACUUACUAUGUAGGUGGGCUUAUGGCAUUUGAGCUCACAGAAAGAAAUGCAUCAUAUGCCAUGGGUUUAGUCUGUAAGCACUUUGCAAGUCAAAAUUCUUUGCCAGCCUUUCCUUAUGCUAAGAGGCUGUUUCUCUUGCAAAAAGAUUGUGAGGAAGGGAAUUCCAAAGAUUUACAUGAACUCCCAGGAGUCGAGUUUCCCGAUCUGUCUUCACUUGAUGGAUAUUUGAAUCACUGGGCAACUCAUCCAGUCACUCAAAACAAGACACUUUAUACUUGGAUAAAUGAAGAAGGAGCUUCAGUUUGCCAGAGGACUUACAGAGAACUUCAUGCCAAUGCUUCUUGCAUUGCUCAAAAGCUCUCGACAAGUAGAAAACCAGUUAUCAAGCCUGGUGACAGGGUUCUUCUGGUCUAUGUGCCGGGUCUGGAUUUCAUUGAUGCCUUCUUUGGAUGCUUAAGAGCCAAAGUCUUACCAGUUCCAGUACUUCCUCCAGAUCCUUUACAAAGAGGUGGGCAAGCACUUAUAAAGAUUGAAAACAUUGCUAAAUCAUGUGAUGCAGUGGCAAUCCUAUCAACAAUUGGUUACCACUCAGCAGUUCGGGCAGGUUCAGUGAAGAAUCUAAUCUCAUUGACAGGAAAAAGAGGGAAAUCCACAGCUCGAUGGCCUAAUCUUCCAUGGAUACAUACAGAUUCUUGGAUUAAGAACUCUAAGGAUCUGGUUUCAGAACUUGUAGCUGAUCAAACUGAACCUCAGCCAAGUGAACUAUGUUUCUUGCAAUACACUUCAGGUUCAACAGGUGAUGCUAAAGGAGUCAUGAUAACUCACGGUGGCCUCAUCCAUAAUGUGAAGUUGAUGCAAAAAAGAUACAAGAGCACGUCAAAGACAGUACUGGUAAGCUGGCUACCUCAAUACCACGAUAUGGGACUGAUUGGAGGACUUUUUACUGCUCUUGUUAGUGGUGGAUCUGCAAUCCUUUUUUCCCCCUUAACAUUUAUCAAGAAUCCACUUCUAUGGCUUCAAACUAUGAGUAAGUAUCAAGCUACUCAUAGUGCCGGCCCUAACUUUGCCUUUGAACUAGUGGUUCGAAGAUUGGAAUCUGACAAGGAUCAAAUAUAUGAUCUUUCUUCCAUGAUUUUCCUUAUGGUAGCAGCUGAACCAGUGAGGCAUAAAACUCUAAAAAGGUUUAUUGAGCUCACCCAUCCUUUUGGACUUUCUCAGUAUAUCAUGGCACCGGGUUAUGGGUUGGCAGAAAAUUGUGUAUUUGUCAGUUGUGCAUUUGGGGAAGGAGAACCAAUCUUGGUAGAUUGGCAAGGAAGAGUAUGCUGUGGAUAUGUGGCUCCGAAUGAUGAAGAUGUUGAUAUCAGAAUUGUUGACCCAGAGAUUGGUGAGGAGCUCAAAGAAGAUGGAAAGGAAGGAGAGAUCUGGAUUAGUAGUCCAAGUGCUGGAAUAGGUUACUGGGGCAGAGAAGAAUUCAGCCAAACGACUUUUAGAAAUGAGCUUCAGAACCAUCCUGGAAGGCAUUACACUAGAACUGGAGAUUUGGGACGGAUAAUCAAUGGGCGAUUAUUCAUCACUGGAAGAAUCAAAGAUCUUAUCAUUGUAGCUGGAAGAAAUAUUUACUCAGCUGAUGUAGAGAAGACAGUUGAAAGUUCAUCUGAACUUAUACGUCCUGGUUGUUGUGCUGUUAUUGGUGUUGCAGAGGAAAUCCUAUCAUCAAAAGGAAUUUCAGUGCCUGAUCACUCUGACCAGGUUGGUUUAGUUGUAAUAGCAGAGGUUAGAAAUGGGAAACCUAUUAGCAAGGAUGAGAUUGAGCAUAUUCAAAGCCGUGUUGCAGAAGAACAUGGAGUCAAUAUUGCUACUUUCAAGUUUAUCAAGCCUAGAACCAUUAGCAAAACAACAUCUGGGAAAAUCAAAAGAUUUGAGUGCCUGAAACAGUUCAACGAUGGAACACUAAGUAUGGUACCAGAGCCAAUUAUAUUGAAAAAAUUCUUUACUCGAUCCUUUACUACAGGUACAUGCAGAGAUGGGAAUACCCCUCGGAAUCAGCAAGCAAAAGAUCAUCUUCCACCAGAUCCAAAAAUAAGUAGUAAAGAAAUUGAAGAGUUCUUGAAAAGACUAGUUUCUGAGCAGACUGGUAUUCCUGUCAAGAACAUUUCUGACACUGAGAAUCUGGUCUACUAUGGAAUUGAUUCAAUUGGUGUGGUCAGAGCAGCUCAAAAGCUUUCUGAUUUCCUUGGUGUUCCAGUUGGAGCUGUAGAUAUUUUCACUGCAACUUGCAUUGCAGAAUUGGCAAGCUUUUCAGAGAAUCUUUUGCUGAAGUCCCAACCUGAUCAAUCAAUGACAGGUACUUCAUCCUGUGUUCCAGAAACUGAGAUUGAUUCUGCUGAGUCUGGGUUGGAGAUUUCCAUGUCUGGCCAGUUGGGCAUCUGGUUAUUCCAAAAUCUGUCUCUCUUUUACAUUGCCUUCCUGCUACUCUUUCCUGCUUAUUUAUCAGUGUCUGUUUUUAUGCAUUCCAUCUCAGCUAUCCAUGAACUUUUGCAAGGAAUUCCCUGGCUAACCUAUUUGGUUCCCCUUCUAUUUUCUCCACUUUCUUGGAUUCUUUGCAUGGUUUCUACCUGCAUUUGCAUUUCUCUUUUUGGGAAUUCCUUCUUAAGACCAAAUUAUGCUCUAACCCCUGAAAUUCCCAUCUGGUCAAUGGAUUUUGUCAAGUGGUGGGCACUUUACAAGGUCCAAGAAAUUUCUUCCAAAGUUCUAGCAGAACAUCUGAGAGGAACAGUGUUCCUCAACUAUUGGUUUAAGAUGCUUGGAGCUAAGAUUGGAUCUUCAGUUUUGCUUGACACAGUUGGCAUCACAGAUCCAUCUCUAGUUUCACUUGGAGAUGGAGCAGUGAUUGCAGAAGGGGCUCUGAUUCAGAGCCAUGAAGUGAAGAAUGGAGUUCUAAGCUUCCUCCCAAUAAGAAUUGGUAGAAAUGCUUCAGUUGGACCUUAUGCUGUUAUCCAGAAAGGAAGUGUUUUGGGAGAAGGGCUUCAGGUAAUGGCCUUGCAAAAAAGUGGAGCCAAGCCCGUAUACAAAUCUGCCAGCAAUAUUAAUUUUCAAAAGGAUGCAACGCUGCCAGAUGUUACAUAUAAUAGGCAAAAUGAGGUCGUUUUUCAGUUCAUGGGCAUAUACUUAGUUGGCUUCCUCAGCUCUCUCUCGGCCGCCAUUUUAUACUUAAUCUACAUUUGGCUAUCUAAGCAGCCUCUUUCCUUACCACAAUUUGCAUUUACUUGCAUAUUUGGAGCCUUUCACUGGAUACCUUUUACCAUUGUAGCAUAUGCCACCAUAAUUUCCAAUGUCCCUGCAAACAUAUUUAGCUUUUCCAUCUCAGUAGCCAUUGCUUACUUCGCUCAUGGACUGCUACUCAGCUUCCUCUCGUCUGGUGUGAUCCAUUUUCUAAAUGCUAAAGGAAAAGCAAAGCAAACCCACCUUAAAACUUGGCUUUGCCACCGAAUCUCAAUUGCCUGCCACCUUAGAUUUGCCAAGCUCUUAUCAGGAACAGAAGCCUUUUGCAUCUACCUGCGCCUUUUGGGUGCAAAGGUUGGAAAACAUUGUUCUAUCAGGGCUAUCAAUCCAAUUCCAGACCCAAAACUUGUUUCAAUUGGUGCUGGUGUCCAUCUUGGUGAUUUCAGCCGGAUCAUUUCUGGGUUCUACUCAUCUUAUGGUGGGUAUACUAGUGGAAAAAUUGAUGUGCAGGAUAACUCAGUAGUUGGCAGCCAAAGCCUAGUCCUUCCUGGUUCAGUUAUUCAGAGAGAUGUUAUUCUCGGCGCACUUUCAGUUGCUCCCAUAAAUUCAGUGCUCCAAAGGGGUGGUGUUUAUAUUGGAUCUAAUAAUCCAGUCAUGAUCAAGAACACCAUGCAUUCUUUGGAUGACCGGAUAGAAGAGAUGGACAUGAAGUACAAAAAAAUAGUUGGUAAUCUGGCUGCAAAUUUGGCUGCCACAACUCUCAAGGUUAGAUCAAGAUACUUCCAUCGAAUUGGUGUUAGUGGCAAGGGGCACUUAAAGAUUUAUGAUAACAUUAAAGGCAAUUUGCCAGAUCACAAAAUCUUUAGCCCUGGAAAAAGCUACCCUGUUAUAGUCCGACACAGCAACAGCUUGAGUGCCGAUGAUGAUGCUAGGAUCGAUGCACGUGGUGCAGCGCUAAGAAUUCUUCCAGAUGAAACUAAUUUUGACUCUCCAAUGCUUGACCUGACUCUAAAAACAGGCAAUGCAUUCUAUGCCCGGACAAUUGCAGAUUUUGCGACAUGGCUAGUUUGUGGACUUGCUGCAAGGGAAGAGCAUGUCAAACGAGCCCCACAUGUGCGUGAUGCAGUGUGGAAUUCCCUACGCCAUGCAGAUUCUUAUACUGAGCUCCAUUACUACUCAAACAUUUGCAGGUUGUUCCGGUUCACAGAUGGACAGGAAAUGUAUGUCAAAUUCAAGUUGAGGCCUUUUGAUGAGAAUAUCAGUGAAGAUAUUGGUAAGGUGGAGCCAACUGGAAUUCUUCCUCCUGAGACAGGUGCAAUUCCUAGGGAUGAUAAGGAUACUCGUCCUUUACUGUUUCUUGCGGAAGAUUUCCGAAAACGUGUGAGUUCCCCGAAUGGGGUUCGCUAUGUUUUCCAGUUGCAGUUCAGGCUAAUUCCGGAUGACAAAACCAGCCGUGACGUUGCACUUGACUGUACCAAACCAUGGGAUGAGACAGAAUUCCCAUAUGUUGACGUUGGAGAGAUUACUAUCAAUCAGAAUCUUUCUUCAGAAGAAUCAGAAAAGUUGGACUUCAAUCCAUUUCUCAGAUGUCCUGAGGUGGAUGUUAUCAAGGCUUCAUCAUGCUCCCAGAGUGCUUCAAUUGAUCAUGGUCGCUCAUUGAUCUAUGAGAUCUGCCAGCGUCUGAGAAAUGGAGAACCUCUUCCGGAGGCAUGGAGGAUCUUCAUAGAGCAAUCUGAUGUCAAAGUGGACCUAUCCGGUUGUCCAAUGGCAGCAGCAUUGGCCGAAAAAGAUGAGAAAACAGUGACCCUGGAAAGGACCUGGUAUCAAACUCUGUGGGCCAUUUUUGCUCAACCUUUACUACAAACAGUUUUUCCUUAUUUCCUCUUGGGAUUAGUAAUCUUUGCUCCUUUGAAUUGGGUUCUACACUUGAAGAACACUCAGAACCUCGAACUACAAUGGCUGUUGCCUUUGCUUUGGAUCUCUUCGGGUUAUUUAGCUGCAUUAGCUUGUGUGGUGGCUAAAUGGGCAUUAGUGGGAAAGAAGAAAGAAGAUGAAACUGUACUAAUUUGGGGCAAACAGGUUUUCAUGGACACCAUAUGGCAGGCAUUUAGAACAGUAGUUGGCGACUAUUUCAUGGAAAUGACAAGCGGUUCUGUGAUGUUUGUGCUAUGGAUGAAGCUCAUGGGUUCAGUUAUCGAUCAAGGAGCUUAUGUGGACUGCAUGGGAGCUUCAUUGAAUCCAGAAAUGGUGGAGAUAGAAAGAGGUGGGUCAGUUGGGAGAGAAGCUCUGCUGUUUGGGCAUAUAUAUGAAGGAGAAGGAGGAAAAGUGAAGUUUGGAAAGAUUAGAGUAGGAGAAGAUGGUUUUGUAGGGAGUAGAGCGGUGGCAAUGCCAGGGGUGAGAGUUGAGAGUGGAGGAAAUCUGAGUGCUCUGUCUCUUGCCAUGAAAGAAGAAAUUAUCAGGUCAAGGUAAUAAUGGGAGUGGUGUGAUUUGCAUGCGUUCAAGAGUCGUGUGACAAAGUUUUGCAACCCUCCGUUGCUUCACGAUUAUAAAUUUAUACAAACUGGUUCUGGCUGGUGUUUUAAUAAAUAAAUAAAUGAUUAGUGUUGUAGAAGAAAUAAAACAGAUCAUUUAAAGAAAUAUUUCUGUGCUUUUUUUUUUUUUUUGGAGAAAAUAUUUCUCUGUUGUUAGUAGGCAGUACUCUUGCCUUGCAUAUCUGUAUUUGGAUAAGUUAAGUAGAUGAAUAAAGCUCAAUUUU